AUGUGCUCCAAGGCUGGUGGUGUCAAGACCACUUCUGGAAAGGCGAUCGCUGAAUGGAUCAUGCUGAACCGCAAAGCACUCAACCUCAAGUACGUGAUCUGGGGUCAGAAGAUCUGGAAUCCUUCGAGGGAUAGUGUAAAAUCGUGGUCCAAAUGGCGACCCAUGGAGGAUCGUGGAUCCAUUACUCAGAAUCAUUGGUAUGCAUCCUUCUCUCUCCUCACAUCUGAACUUGAGCUGACAAGAUAUAGGGACCACGUUCACGUGAGCUUCAACGA